AUGUUCUCCAUGCUCCCAGACCUCACCCCGCGGGACUCCCACUCCCUCUGGUACACCUCCCGCCGCAACCCCUCCUCCCUCUACCUCCUCGACCCCUCCCACCACAGCCCCAUCGACGGCACCAACCCAACCACCAACACCGCACCCACCACCACCACCCCCAACCCCACCCAGAACACCCCCGCCCCGCCCACAACAACCGCCGGCGGCGCGCGCCAGGGCAAUAACGGCCACUCGGCCAGCGCCGCGGCACAACGAAUCGAGCGCUCCGUGCUGGGCCGGCUGCAGGCGGAGGAGCAGCUGAUGGAGCGGCGGCGGACGGCGGUGAGCAACCUGGGCAGCACGUGGCUGAAGCCGGUCGGGGUGUCCAAGACGCUGUUCCAGAUGCGCGAGGAGCGGCGCGAGGCCGAGGAGCACGCCGAGGCGAUGCGCCGCGAGAUGCUGGUGCAGGAGCUGGCGGAUGCUGAGGCGGAGGCCGCGGCGGCGGCGGUGGGUGGAGAGGGUGGGAGGAGGGAGGAGGAGGAGGAGGACGAAGAGGAGGAAGAUUAUGAGGAUAAUGAUGAGGAGGAUGAGGAAGAGCAGGAGGAGUUGAGUGAGGGGGAGCUUGAACGUCGGCAGGAGAUUGCCCGCAUCCACGCGAGGGAGGUGCGCAUGCGCCAGAUCACGGAGCAGAGUGAUGCCAACCUGAGACGGUCCGACGAUAUUUUCGAUUUCGAUGAGGAGCCCAGCGAGGAGGAACGAAGUCAAAUGCUAGAUGAAGAGGACCUCGUCCGUGGUGGCCCAAACCCACAACUGGGAUCGCAGGGGCGGGUAUCGGGUGGAGCUGGCCACGACAUGGACAUGGACGCGGACUUGGACGGCGACAUCCCCGAGGCAGAAGGUGGCUAUGAGCAUACCGACUCCGAGGCCUCGCUCGACAGCGAGGAUGAUGGUCACGACAUUAGCUACGCUCGGAGUUCACGGGCGCACCGCGAUAGGACUAGCCUCCGGCGGAGUGGUGCGCCAAGAUCGAGUCUCGACAUCAGUGGGCUUUUAUCGAGAGACGGCAGCAGUAUGAUGGGAAGCAGUCCGCAAAUGCGGGGGGGUAAUUACUAG